AGUAAAUUCGAAACCUCAAGUAACCAAACAAAACAGUGACCUUUUUGGAAAACUACUGAAGGUGAAGUUAUAGUUUUUUAAAAAUUUUAAAUAAGAAGAGGACCUGUGCCAGUUCCACUCCAGUAGUUAUUCCACAGAGGUAGCCUAGUAACUGAACUGUCAUCAUCAUCAUAGUUAUGGCAUGCAGCGAAUCUAUGGUCACAAUGAAUGGAACGCAAGUUUCCUAUAUUGGAAACGACUGUGAGGACAUCCCAGAGUUCCUUGGAAAAAAAUAUGGACACUUGGCAAGACGGCUAGAUCUCAGCUUCAAUCAGCUAAGGUCACUGGCGGGCCUCAAAGCGUUCACUGGGCUGGAAGAACUGGUCGUCGACAACAAUCUGCUCGGAAACGACCUCCAGUUGCCCAGGUUACCCACCCUCCACACCCUGACACUCAAUAAGAACCAACUGACUGACAUCGAGGCGCUGCUGGAACACUUGGCGGAGGCAACUCCGUCGCUGCAGUACCUCAGCCUGCUGGGAAACGAGGCCUGUCCCAACCAGCUGGUCAGCCUGGACAAGGAUGAGGACGACUACCAGAGAUACAGGUACUUUGUUCUGCACAAGCUACCCACCCUAAAGUUCCUAGACACUAGGAAGGUUUGUAAGACAGAACAGCAUGAGGCUGAAGCACGGGGAGCCUUCAUGAAGGUGGUCAAACCCAAGUCAUCAGACAUGGUGGCCCCAGGUGACCCUAAGUCUGAGUGUCCCUCCAUGCUCUACACUCCUCUACCCAGAGGCUCUAGAGACGGCAAGAACCACAAAGGUGUGCUCGCCAAGUGCCGUUACGUCUACUAUGGAAAGCAUUCAGAAGGCAACCGAUUCAUCCGCAAUGACCAACUCUGAUGGACCGACGGAGACACACACACACACACACACACACACACACACACACACACACACACACACACACACACACAC